CUGCUUCAGAUUUUAUAUUCAUCACUGUCUGCGUCCACUUACGAGUGGCAGACGUUGGACGUACUUGCAAAACGGAUUCACAUUGUGCCUGUAUAUAAUUCAAGUGUUGAGAUCACUCCCACCGUUAUGAUAACUGCCUGCAAAUACUCAACUGCAAUAUCAUAUUUCAACGACAACAUGUACACUGUGGAUACUCGUAAGGCCGGUAUCGUUUCGAUGUAUGAAAAUCAGCUGACUGUUAUGUUCCGGACGUUUGAAAAUGGAAUUUUUAUAUUUUCGAUGGCUGAUCAAGGAGAUUUACUCAUUGCUCAAAUUGUUCUUGGAAAAGUCCAUGUUAUUUUUGAUUUUGGUUCACUUACUCAAACAACGAUCUCAGGCGGGACAGCAUUAAAUGAUGGUGAAUGGCACGAGAUGCGAUGGAUACACCAGUUUGAUUCAGUACAGCUGUAUAUUGAUAGCGUUAUCAUGAAUACAACUGCUCCCUCUGGUCUCUAUCGGAAGCUGGACUUCGAUUCUAAAAUCCAUGUCGGAGGAAGGCCACCAGACGAUAUGAGUACGGGUAUUGAAACUAGCUAUCACGGUUGUUUGGCGCGAGUCAUGCUCAACAAUAUCGAUUUGUUGGCUGAAAUCCCGAGACAACAGCGAAGGGAUUGCCAGAUGCCGCGACCACAGCUGAUGACUAUUCUGCCUGGCGGCAGCGUCAAUAUACCUUUUUCAUUUUUGCCAUUUUCCAUCGAGUUUCGUGUGUUACCUCAGCCUUCAGUUAUCUUAUUAUUAACUGAUCCGAAGAAUGCAUCGCUCCUUCAAAUAGCCCUCAACAGCGAUGGCUUACUGGUGCUGAAACUAUUUGCCGAUACGUCCGAGGUGGAACAGCUGUCACAUCCAGGUAGUUCACCCGCUUCAGUUUUUCUUUCAAAGAUUUUUGUGAGAUCGUACAGUUCAAAUUCUUUUUUUUUACUUUGAUU